AACUCUGAUAAUCGUUCUCGAAGUGACGAUAGUUUUUAAAGCUGUGAAUUUCUCUAUUCACUGACAUAAAAACGUGUGGUAUCUGCUUCGCGAUUAGACAGUAGAAGUCGUUAAGUGUUAGUCAUCCCGGCAUGGUUUUAGUGUAAACAGUAAAUAUAAAACACUCUUUUUUUUUUUUUAAUCAUAAACAGUUUCCUUUAAAACAUAACUAUAUUUGAAUACUUUUUUUACGUAUAAUGCGCGAAAAAAUAUUUUCUUCUACAUCAAUAUGGAUAAUUCUACUAUCCUUAUAUUUUUGUUCAUGUACGUGUCCAAUUCCUGGUGACAGUAAUGUUAAAAAUGUAGACUUUAAUGAGUUAGUUGGCGAAUGGUUUAUGGUAGCAGGCACUCCCGUAAGAGAAAAAGUUGGAAAAUGUUUACAUUUUAGUGUUGAAACGAAUGGAACGAAUUCAUUUUCCAUGAAUUUUUCGUCAAAUAGUCCUGUAAAUCAUCAACGUGUUUCAUGGAAAGUCGUUGGUGAACGACGAGAAAAUGAAACUCUUGCAACAUGGCAGCUAAAUGGUUCUCCUAAUGUACUAGGUCCAUUUCAUCAUAAAAUGUUGGCAAUGAAUAACACGCACUAUUGCGCAAUGAUAGUUUGUACGGACAAUAAUUAUAUUAGAUAUAGAUAUAGAAAAGCAUUUGGAAUGAUUUGGUCUCGAGAGAAAUCUUUACCAAGUGAAGAAUUAACUCUUCUUAAAGAUGAAAUUUCACAAUACAUAAACAGACACGAUAUUGUCGAUGUUGAUAAUUCAUGCCCUGGAAUAUCCUUUUAAUUUUGAAUAGUUAAUAAUAAAAAAUUCAAAUUCAAUUUUUAUUCGCUACUUUAUAACUGAAAAUUUUCAAAAGUUCAUUUUUCUAUGAAAACAAAAAAAACUUAUUUUUGAAAACAAAAAAAAAAUUAAUUGCAGAAUAUAAAAUUUGAUCUAUUUAAUUAUCAAAUUAGUUAUCAGGUAUAAUUCGUUUCAUUGAUUGUAAUUUAUCAGGAAUU